AUGUCUGGACUUUUUAAAAGUGUUUUAGGAAAUGUUGCAUUAGUUACUGGUGGUGGUUCUGGUUUAGGACGUGGAGUUGCAGAACAUCUUAUUUCAAAAGGUGCAAAAGUAGCCAUUCUUGAUUUACCAAAUAGUAAUGGUCAUGAAGUAGCUACUAAAUUAGGAGAAAAUGCUUUAUUUACACCUGCUAAUGUCACUGAUGAAUUUGCUGUUGAGAAAGCUUUUUCUAUGGUUAAAGAACGUUUUGGUAGAGUUGAUUCUGUUAUCAAUUGUGCUGGAAUUGCUUAUGCUUACAAAUUAUAUAGUUCUAAACAUACUGAAGCAUCAGCAAUUGAAAAAACCAAAAAAACGAUUGAUGUUAACCUUCUUGGUACAUUAAAUGUUGCUACUUAUGGAAUAAAAGCAAUGAUUGAAAAUGAAGCUGAUGAAGAAAAUCAAAAAGGAGUUAUCAUUAACACUUCUUCAAUUGCUGCUUUUGAUGGACAAGCUGGACAGGCAGUCUAUUCAGCUACCAAAGGAGCUAUUGCUGCAAUGACCCUUCCAUUAGCACGUGAUUAUCAUCGUCAUGGUAUUAGAGUUAUGGCUAUUGCUCCAGGACUUUUUGACACACCAUUACUUGCUAGUUUACCAGAAAAAGCACGAAUUUUCCUUGCUUCUACUGUUCCAAAUCCAACAAGACUUGGAAAUGUUAAUGAAUUUGCUGCUUUAGUUCAACAUAUAAUUGAAAAUCGUUAUCUUAAUGGUGAAGUUAUCAGACUUGAUGGAGCUCUUCGUAUGAUGCCAUAA